GACGCGUUGAUGUUAAGUCUCCUGUCGUCGCGGCCUCCUUCGUCGACGCGUCGUGAUUUUUUUGGGCGCUCGUGGUCGAGAUUAUGGACGUUCCUCAGCUCACUGAAGAUGAAAUGGCAGCGAUUAAGAAAGACGUGCUGACAAGAAUGCGGCACUACCUCUGCGACAAGAUCCGAGCGGAGCGCCACCUGGACUACCUGCGCUCCCGGCGGAUCCUGAGCCGGGACGACGCGGAGGAGAUCGGCUGCAGGUCCACGCAGACCAAGCGGACGGCCACGCUGCUGGACACGCUGGCUGAGAACCCGCGGGGCCUGGACGCCUUGAUCGAUGCCCUGAGGGAGUCGCGCACGCAGAACUUCAUCAUCACCAAAAUCACGGACGAGGUGCAGAAGGCCAAGAACGAGAAGGUGGAGUCCCUGCGAUCCGCCGCUUCCAGUUCCUCGCCCGCCAGCAGCCUCGGCACUCUGGACGCCCCCUCCAUGUACUCCAACAACUCUACCCUGCUCCUGCACCCCGACGGAGAGAGCAGCCCCUGCGCCUCGGACGCGGCGCGCGCGCUCGGCCAGCCGUCGGCGCCCUCGACGGCGUCCGGCGCCAGCAUCGGCGCGCCGUGGUCGCCCCCCCACACCACCACCACCACCCUCUCCUCCUCCCCCUCCUCCUCCUCCCCCUCCUCCAGCCUGCCGAGGCCCGGGGACCCCGGGGCCCCCCCGCUGCCGGAGGAGGUGAUGCUCGACCCGCCCUCCAACGUGGAUGGCGCGGCACCGCGGUACACCAGCAACAACAACAGCAGCAGCAGCGGGGACCCGAACUUCCAGCCCCUCCGGUCGCGCUCUCUCACUCCGACGUCCCACCGGAGCGUCUUUUAGUCCCACAACUCGACCAAGACUCUCACAGACUCUCUCUCUCUCUCUCUCUCUCUCUCUCUCUCCUUGUGGCCUUCUGAUUCGCCACGAAUGGGCUCACGUGGGAUUCGUUUCUACCAAACGAGGCGGCCCUUCGUGAUGGAGAUGGGCACCAUCU